AUGAUCAUAUAUGCCGCUUCGAUGGUCGAUGCUGAGAAUGAUGUUGGUAUACGACAACAGUUGAUAGACAACAUCACUUCCAAUAUGAAGGUAACUCAGGCUCUUACGCGUCGUCUUGUUCGGUUUGGGUUCCAUGAGCUCAAUGGAGAGGUUGGAGGGGUCAGUGGCCCUUCUGAGGCUUUCUACCUUUCUGAGCUCUCCCCAUUCCGAAGAGCAUACGACGAUACACGUGCAAGUUUGGCUGGUUCGCUUGGUAGCUCUUCUUACGACAUUACGCAAGACGUAUCAUCUGUGGACUGGAACCAGCACGUCAAUCAGCUACUGGACUCAUCCAUCGUGUCUGCUGCUGCAGCUCCGGUUGAUGAUCAUGUAUCGUCUAUGGGAGACUAUACGCAGGCUAUGUUCAAUGUAUCUCAGGAAAUAACGUGGGAUCUUUUUUCCCUGCCAGAUUGGGUGUUUCAGCAGGAGGAUAUAUACUUCGGAGCAUAA